CAGGCUUCCUUUGUUCGUCGUCUACUGUUCAGAGACAGAGGGCGGAUCACUCCAUAGAUGAGUGUCGAGCAUUGUGGUGAAAAUUCGAGACACCUGUGUGACCUUAGCGUAGACUUCAAGCUCAAUCUUUCGGGAAAACGGGGUAAGCAAUUAAGGUUAGAAGGGAAGACGAAGCAGAACACAAAUUACUGCGCAACAAUAAUCGAGCCUUGUUGACCCGCCGUGGUUGAUCAGUGGCUACGGUGUUGGGCAGCUGAGCGCGAGGUGGCGGGAUCGAAUCGCGGCCACGGCGGCCGCAUUUCGAUGGGGGUGAAAUGCGAAAACACCCGUGUACUUAGAUUUAGGUGCACGUUAAAGAACCCCAGUUGGUCGAAAUUUCCGGAGUCCUCCACUACGGCGUGCCUCAUAAUCAGAAAGUGGCUUUGGCAUGUAAAAAAAAAAACCCAUCAUUUUUUUUUUUUCGAGCGCUGUUGAAGGGUGGGUGCUCCACCGUACUAGCGUACUGUCCACGUGUUUCGCUACACGUUCCACAAGUUGGGCAGCGAAAGGCCCGGCACUUGUCCUAGCGGGCGUAUACGGGAUUUGCCACGUUAGCGGGUUUAACGAACGGGAAAGCAGAGCCUACACACUACUGAAGAACAGUUACGAAAGGUAACACUGCUGAAAUUGCUCGCUAUAGAUGACUAUGUGUUCAUUACAACAAGGGAAGUGGGUACAGAAAGAGUUCAAGAAGUGGAACAAGAAGAGAAAUAUGGACGACGGUGGGCCGACACAUGAACCACCCUGAAUGGGGACGCGUUCUUCUUCUUUUUUUUUUUUUUGCAGGCGCUUACGAGGUCAUGGACCGUUCCGUCGGGGAACUGUUGGCCGCGCUGCAGUCUCGCUGCAUGCUCGCCGACAGCCUGGUGGUGUUCGCCAGCGACAACGGCGGCGGGCCACUGGCCUCGCCGGCCUUCGAGUUCGCCAACGCUGGCUCCAACUGGCCCCUGCGCGGGGUCAAGCAGGAAGUGUGGGAAGGGGGCGUGCGGACGCCGGCGGUGCUGUGGUCCGGACGCCUCAGCGGAAGCUUGCCCCGAGCCCCGUCGCAGCAAGUGGUGCACAUCUCCGACUGGGCGCCCACGCUAUACGCAGCCGCAGGUGGCGAUCCUAAAGACCUUGGUGACGUGGACGGCAGGAACCUGUGGGAUGUGCUGUCCACCGGUAGAGGCAAGGGACGCGAGGAGGUGCUCCUGCAAAUAGAAGGCAAGCAAGGAAUGGCAGCCCUCAUCUCCGGCAGGUACAAACUAAUCAGCCGACCCAGCGGGCCAAAUGACCCGCAGCUCGACGUUCAAGUAGCACCACCACCAGGACAACCUCCACAGGACCUCGACCUGGACGCCCUCGUGACGUCAUCGGCAGCCUGGCAGGCGCUGCAGAACGCCUCCAUCGACGCCGGCGGGCGAAGCCAGUCUCCACCGAGACCCAACUGGCGCCAAGAGGCAACACUCAACUGCAGCGGCACUGGCGCCUCGGCCAACAACGACAGCGCGCAGAGCAACUUCGAUCCGUACGACGCAGUCUUCGUGUUUGACAUCGUCAGCGACCCGUGCGAGCGUAACAACCUCGCAUCAUCUAAUACUGAGCUGCGUCAUAGGCUCCUCGACAAGCUGGCUGCAUACCGGAGAGCCAUCUCACCUCAAUCGAGUGGCCACGAAACCGACGAGCGCGGCUACCCGGAGCAUCACCGCUGCCUCUGGUCGCCCUGGAUACGCGUAAAGCCGGCGCCGUACCAGAACUGCUCCUGCUGA